AUGGAGCUGGGCUACAAGCUCUCUGUCUGGGACAGCGAGGAGCUGUGCUAUUACUCCCUUUUGCUCAUUCAGAGAGAUGUUCACUACAAAGUAAGCAUAUUGUCAACCUUCAUCGCUCCCUUCAAGUACCUAAGCCCUGGUGCCACAAAUCCAGAAGAUGACGACAAUUUAAGUACCAGCAGCACAGAGGUGAAGGAAAACCGGAACGUGGGCAAUCUGGAGACCAAGCCGCUGCCGCCCAGCGACAGGGCGAGAGGAAGCGCGCCCAGCAUAAAAAGGAAAAGGCCGCUGGAGGAAGGCAACAGCGGUCAUUUCUGCAAACUGCAACUGAUCUGGAAAAAACUGUCCUGGUCCGUGACGCCCAAGAACGCGCUGGUGCAGCUGCACGAGCUGAAGCCCGGCUUGCAGUAUAAGAUGGUGUCGCAGACGGGCCCUGUGCACGCGCCUGUCUUCGCGGUGGCCGUGGAAGUCAACGGGCUGACCUUUGAGGGCACGGGCCCUACCAAGAAGAAGGCCAAGAUGCGCGCGGCAGAGCUGGCUCUCAAGUCCUUCGUGCAGUUCCCCAACGCCUGCCAAGCUCACUUUGCCAUGGGCAACGGCAUGAGCCCGUCCCCAGACUUCACCUCCGACCAGGCUGAUUUCCCGGACACUCUGUUCAAGGAGUUCGAGCCCUCGGCCCCCAGCGAGGACUUGGUGGGUUACCGCCCUGUAAACACCGAGCUGCUGUCCACCGCGUACCGGCAGGGCAGGCUCCUCUGCCGCACGUGGGACCUGGUGGGCCAGGCCAAGCCCAGCCAGCACAGGCUGGGACCCGCAGCCGAGCGCGACAAGAACCCCGUGGUCCUGCUCAACGAGCUGCGCUCGGGGCUGCGCUACGUCUGCCUGUCGGAGACGGUGGAGAGGCAGCGCCCCAAGAGCUUUGUGAUGGCCGUGAGAGUGGACGGGAGGACCUUUGAAGGCUCCGGGAGGAGCAAGAAGCUGGCCAAAGGCCAGGCGGCCCAGGCUGCGCUCCAAGCCCUCUUUAACAUUCGGCUACCCAGCCACCUUCCCAGCCGGAGUAAAAGUCACCUUUUGCCGCAGGAAUUCGCCGACUCCGUGUACCAGCUGGUCACACAAAAGUUCCAAGAGUUGACAGUCAACCUGAAUUCUGUCCAUGCGCGCCACAAAGCCCUGGCCGGGAUCGUCAUGACCAAAGGCUUGGAUGUCAGGCAAGCUCAGGUAAUCGCUCUGUCAUCUGGCACCAAGUGUAUCAAUGGCGAGUACAUCAAUGACCAAGGACUGGUGGUCAAUGACUGCCAUGCAGAAAUUGUGGCAAGGAGAGCAUUUGUUUACUUCCUCUAUGCACAGCUGGAGUUGCACCUAAGCAAACGGCGCGAGGACUCAGAGCGAUCAAUAUUUGUACGGUUAAAAGAGGGCGGCUACAGACUGAAAGAAAACAUUCUGUUCCAUCUCUACGUGAGCACUUCCCCCUGUGGAGACGCGCGCCUCAACUCUCCCUACGAAAUCACCACCGACAUGAACAGCAGCAAACACAUAGUCAGGAAGUUCCGAGGACACCUGCGGACGAAGAUUGAGUCUGGGGAAGGGACCAUCCCAGUGCGGUGCCACAAUGCAGUUCAAACGUGGGACGGCGUUCUGCUGGGGGAACAGCUGGUCACCAUGUCUUGUACAGACAAGAUCGCCAGGUGGAAUGUUCUGGGUCUCCAGGGCGCCCUCCUCUGUCACUUCAUUGAGCCCAUUUACCUCCACAGCAUUAUUGUGGGGAGCCUGCACCACACAGGCCACCUGUCCCGAGUGAUGAGUCACAGGACUGAAGAUAUUGGCCAGCUGCCAACCACCUACCAGCACAACCGGCCUCUCCUCAGUGGAGUGAGUAAUGCAGAAGCACGACAGCCAGGAAAGUCUCCCCCCUUCAGCGUGAACUGGAUUGUGGGUAAUGCGGACCUGGAGAUUAUUAAUGCCACCACAGGGAAGAGAGACUGUGGGGGCUCGUCAAGACUCUGCAAGCAUGUGUUCUCUGCCCGUUGGGCAAGACUUUAUGGUAAGCUGAGCACACGGAUACCAAGCCAUGGAGACACGCCAUCAAUGUACUGUGAAGCCAAGCUUGGGGCUUACACCUACCAGUCGGUUAAGCAGCAGCUGUUUAAAGCGUUUCAGAAAGCUGGCCUGGGCACCUGGGUGAGGAAACCACCCGAGCAAGAUCAGUUUCGACUAACUCUAUAA